AUGUCGCAACAGGCAUCAUCUAUUUCACUUCGCAACAUCCGCACCUCCGUCUCGGGGCUGUCGGACGCUGAGAAGAGGCUGUACGAGUGGUUUUCACGUCGGACAAUCGCCAAGCUGGCAGGGAUAUUCGACUCUACUUUCUGGGAAACCAUCGUGCUCCAGACCAGCUCGAGAGAGCCCGCCGUAAUGCAUGCGAUCUUGGCACUUGCCUCCGUUCACAAGAAACAAAUGACCGAUGCCGGCUCUUCGCCCAAUCGGAGGGUCUCUCCUUCCUUAGACGUCCAGGAACGCAGCACAUUACAGCACUACAACAAAUCAAUAGUCCUUCUUCGAGAACGUCUGGCCUUGAACAAUCCCAUGUCGGCACGAGUGGCUCUAGUUUCUUGCAUUCUAUACAUAUGCCUAGAGUAUAUGCGUAAGAGAUUCAAGGCAGGCCAUUCUCAUCUGAACCACGGCUUGAACUUGUUAAGUCACACCAUGCCUGAUCUCAAGUCCGGAAACGGCAUAGGCGAUGCUCGCUGCAACAAGGCGUUAGAUCCCAUGGUCGGAUGCCUUAUUGACACACUCUCACAGCUCUACUAUCAAGCGAGAUCACUGAGAGGUCCAUUUAGCCAGGAAAGGCAGACCGAUGGACUGCGUCCCUUGAGACAGCUCCCCGACUUUUUCGGGUCAUUAAUUGAAGCUCGGAAUCAUCUAGAUCAACUUCUAGUCAGGGCUCAGCGACUACGGCGAUGUUGCCUAGCGAGUGCGACAAGUCCCGACGUGUCUCAAGCAUUCGAGAUGCUUGUCAUUCAGUCAUGUCUGAGGAACGACUUGAUAUCAUGGUCGCGCGCGUUCAACCUUAUGAAAAGUAAGAGGUGGACUCAUCUAUCCGCCCGGGAGCGUUUGCCUUUCCGCCUCCUACCUGUCUAUCACACGAUGGCACACAUCAUCACGGAGACAUCUCUUCAUCCGGGCAAUGAGCUCAUCUUUGAUAAAUUCAUCUGGCAUUUGGACAUGAUGGCGGAGUCAUCCAAGGAGAUCCUUACCGCGGCAAUACCCACCAUUGCGGCAGAUCUCUCGUCCGGGCACUGUACAACCAAGUUUAGUUUCACUGCCGACAUGGGUCUUAUACCACCGCUUUACUACGUCGCCCUGAAAUGUCGCAAGUCACGCACCCGAUGGCAAGCUAUCGAACUCAUCACUGAUGGCUUGCACCAGGAAGGAAUGUGGGACGCGACUCUCGCGGGGACCGUGGCUUCUGAAGUAAUAAGAAUGGAGGAAGGGGACUUUUACGAAAACGUAUCUUCGAGGAACCAGGUCUUGGAGACCAAAGGCCUCGCUGAAGAACAACCAACUCCACCGACAUUGCCAAAUGAUCGUAGAUUGCUUAACGUUCGGUUGCUACUACCAGACGAUUCUCUAGGAGAGUUGGCUUUCUCAGGUACAAUGAGAUGCCCAGACGGUACGUUGAAACCUUUCAAGAAGGUCUACGACGCGAAGACCCGGAACUGGACGUUUGCGGGAGUACUGUAG